AUGGCUACCGACAACAUUGAAACUAGCACUAACGAUGGCACUAAAGAAAACCAUAAUGAUAAAGGUGUAUCGACAAAUGGUCCAGCAUCAACAACAGCUAGUCAGGCGCAGGCGGUGGCCGCUGCCCUGCAGAGGGAGGCUGAUGAGCACCUGUUCCUCCGAUACUUGGAGCUGGACCCUCCUGAAGAUCCCAACGCACCCAGACGAGCACCAAGAAAUGGGAGGACACCUUUUACUACAACAAGGAAACUCAUCCGCGGUACUGCUGGAGGUUUUGGCUUCACAGUCGUAUGGACCAGACCACCGAGGGUCGAAAGGGUGGCUGCAGGAGGUUCCGCUGAACGCGCUGGUCUGAGGGCUGGAGACUACCUCGUGUUUGUGGGCAACAAAAACGUAGUGACAUCCAACGAGGAAGAGGUCCGGAACCUUGUCAAGUCAGCAGGCCAAAUGCUGAACAUAGAAACGUUCAGACGGGUGCCUCCAAACGGAGUGGGAAUUCGACCGAGGUUGACUCAGGUGACCAUACCCACUGCGGAGUCUACGCCCCCUCCACCCCCAAGGUCACCUCGAGCUACUGCCCUGGCCUCACCAGCCACAGCAGCCCGGCCCCCCACUGCCUGUUCAUCAACCAGCCAAUCCCUGGACCGACGCAAGCUCCACCUGCCCCAAGUCACAUUCUCCAAAGAGACCCCAGGAUUAUCAACGGACGGCAGAAAGCGCGCUCUCCUAGCUGUGGUAGCCAGAGAACAGCAUUAUGGAACCUGUCUACAAUUCGGUCUAGUCAGAUUCGUGUCACCACUGGCUGAGAGAGCAGACCUCAUAGCUCCUAAUGACCAUCAGCUUCUAUUUCAAAAUAUUGAAGAGAUCUUCAGACUAUCAGAAGACAUUCUAGACCAAGUGGUGCAGGAUGACGGAGAGAUCCAGACGUCGACUGUGGUCGCCGUCUACCUUCAGAAGACCCCUGUGUUCCUUAGCCUUUAUAAGAAGUACUGCCUUGGCCUCAAACGAGCUGAUUGUGUUCUGGUAAAAAAAUCGAAAGACCCAAGUGGGGCUUUCUCCCGGUUCUGUACAAGUCCACCAAUACCACGAAGAAGACCUGAUAUCACAUCGCUAGUCCACAAACCGUUGGAGCAGUUCCGAGAGCUGCUGCGACUGAUGAGGGCUGCGGCGGCUGCUAACGGAGCCGGUCCAUACGACCAGCUCGAGAAAAAGCAGCUGCAAGUCAUUGUGGAACAGUUACAGAGUGGUUACCAAGAUGUGACAGCUGGUUCAGGUUUGAUGGGCCUUGCUGGAGAUGGCAAACCGCUGCUAUCAGUUGCCGACCUGGAGAGUCGUCUCGUGUUCACUAGGUGUAAGCCAUUCGUGCUAAGCACGGCAGGUCGUCAAUGGAUCUUCGGCGGUGAGCUCUCAAGGGUGGAAGGUCGCGCCAUCCGACCAUACUGGGCGUUACUGUUUAGUGAUCUGCUACUCUUUGCCACUGUGUCAAGAGACCGAGUACUGUUUGUCACAGAAGAACCAGUGGCGUUGGGAACCGUCUCCGAAGCGCAGUUCAAUGUUAGGAAGAAAGCGACAGAAUUCCGCCUGAUAUUAGGUCGUGCAGGUGGCGAAUCUCCUUUAGUGUCAUGUUCACCACGUACGCCAGCUAGAACAAGAACCGUCGUGCUUCGAGCUCCUUCCAUAGACCUCAAGGCUGUAUGGCAAAGCUUACUGCAGAGGCAAAUCUACCGCGCUCACACGAUGUCAGGCACUCCACUCGGCUCACCACUUGACUCUCCCGACCCUCAGCUGACGUUCUCCCUCGCCACGCUGGACUCGCAACAACGCCAGACGCGACGCAGUUCAGUGGAGACGCAGACAGGAGGAGCUGGGAGUGCCACAGAGGGUGCCAGGAGUACUAGGAGCAGAGGUUCUACUUUACAUCUGCAGAGAUGGAUGACACAGCUGCCUGAGGCAGAGGAACUAGAUCCUCCUGAACCUGAUAUGGAGAUGUGGAGCGUAGAAGAACUGAGAAAACGAUCCAAAGAGCUUAACCUUCUAGAAGUAGCUGAUCUUGUUUCAAGUCACGAAGCUAAAGGAACGUCGCCAGGCGACAAGAAGGAAAACGACCGUAGUCCGUCUAAAAGUAGCAAUUCUGGAAGUCAAAUUACGGUAAGGACAAGCCCAGUGGUAGUAGACACGAUACCCGUCUGCAGACAGUGCCACAAAAAGUGUUUGUCCAAGCCAAAUAGUCCCUUAGUGUCCCAAAAGGAGCCGCCGGUGAUACCUGCCAAACCAAAAACCGAGGCAUCGCCCCAAAACUCCAACUCUAACAAAAGUUCCACCAGUCCAUGUAGUGCUCACUGCGGUAACCGUAAACCAAGAAACUUCUCCCACUUAGAACGUAAGAACGCUAUAAAAUUACGUCCAGAAGAUGGUCCCAGAGCAGCCAAAAAGGUCAUAGAUUCAAUAGAACAAAGCCAAAGAAUGCUAAAAUCAACGUCCUACGAACUAAAAACCGAUUCACCAAUUCUAAGCAGAAGCGUCCAUUCCAUGCAUACGAAGAGUCAGUUAGAAUUAAGAAAAGACAACUCGAUAAGAUCGCCAAGUCCUUCGUCCAGUAGUCGAAACAGUCCAUUGUCAACUAGCCACACCACUUGUAGUUCCAUGGUCUUUAACUCUAGUUCUAAUGAUUUAAGAAUGUCCAACUCAAAUAUCGCCAACCAAGUCCAAUGCGUCAUUGCUCAAGAGAAAUACUUGAACGAAGUGAAAUGCGUAGAAAGUAUAACUUUAACGAAAACUAAAACUGCCACAACCAACUACCCAUCGCCAGCGUCCGCCAGGAAAGAACAGAUCACGAGACAAAAGGCUGAAAACGUAUUAAAUAAAGUUUUAGGCAUGAAUAUUGUAACUAAGAGGGAAAACAUUGGCUCUUGCCUGAAGACAUCUUCGGUAUUCCUUGAAGACGAUUCAAUACACGAAGAUGAAACUGACUUCAAAAUAGAGAGAGGUCUCAGACGGUCCCCUAGAAUGGGUAUUUCAGCAGUCAGUAAAAUGAAUGGGGAUAUAACAAAGAAGACUGAACGAAUGGAAGACGUGAACGCUAAUAAUACUGACGCUGGUUCUGAUGAAGAUUUAGAGUUAGGACCUUUAAUGUUGAUGGGUCUAUCGGCCAUCAAUCCCGCGGCGCAUUUGAUGAGAGUAGAACCAUUUAAACGAGGUUCGGCGACGAGUUUGAACAACCCUCGUUCUAGACCAGGUAGUCUUGGCUCGGUCAAGUCAGAGUCUCCUGUUCCUAACAUAGCUGUUGUUCCACCAACGCCCGACUUUAAUUCCACUAAUAAGACUGAUGACCUUGUAGAUGAGUCCCCAGAUUCCCCUGACGUUCCAGAUGACCUGCCUUAUGUUACGCUCAAAAGAUAUGGCACAAUGUCAAGCCUGGAGAGGCUACCGUCCGAUGAGACUGACGAUGGUAACGUAAGACUGACAUCACAAGAGCCAGAAACUUCUAAAGCUUACAAUAACCCAGUGAGCGGAGCCGCUGGUGGAAUAAUGGGUUGGACGGCGCGAGCUGGCUCCUUCGUAGUGGAAAAGAUGAACAUCUUCAGUUAUACUGAGAGUGUCCCCAACACGUCUAUAGCACACAAACAGCCCUCCUUCUUAGAGAGGUGUCUCGGUGUGAGUGAUUGGAAGUCCACCAUCGGUACAGAGGAGGGUACUGGUGAGACAGGGGAGGGAAGUGGGGCAAGCGGGGAAGAGGCCUGGGGCACUCCCUCCUCUGGAGAUCUGUCUGAUAACCUGCCUGAUUCUGAACAUGGAACUUUAUCGUCACCCACGAAGUCAUCAUCUUCGUACGCUGGUGACGAUGACACAGAGCUAAUGAUGGAUGAGCUCCUCAUGGCUCCCACAAUUACAGGACCAACGACUCUUAGACCACUACUGCCAAGGGACGUAUUUAGGAGAAGACUAGAGCCGCUGAUGGAAGAAGAAUGUUCGGACAGCGGCAGUGAAGACAACAAGCCCACCCCCACCAACUCUGAUGACCAGGACAGCGAGCGUGGCCUCGAUGCUGACGACUGUUGCGACGUGCCGCACCCGCCGCCCUCUGCUUCCGAUCAAGGACCAGAGGGCGAGGGUGCGGGCGUCGUGCAGCAUGCUGGAGGGGAGGGAGGUGGUGGCGUCGGGUGCGAGCUGAGCCCCGACCGGACACCCACCAACGAGGCGCCUUCGACGCCCUUACUAUCUGUUUCAAAAGAGUUUGCGGAGGUGCGUGCCAUUGUUGGAGCUGGUCGUCGGGGCUCAGCCAGCUCGGACAGCACGCCCUCAACACUCGAACGCACCACUAUACACAACCCUACGACACUCAACCAACCCGCACCAGCCGUUUCAGCCUCGGAGCCAGCACCAGCACCGGAGGUUACCUCACAACCGGAGGAACAGAGACCACGGACGCCGGAGCGACUCAGUCCUCGAGCGGAGAUGAGGCUUGCCUUGGACCAGGGGAAGGACAUGCUGGCAGAUCAGGAGGUGUCCUGGGGUGGCGGGUCCGACCCCUGGUCGUUUCGCGCGGCGUGCCAGCGGUCUCUGCUCCGUCGCGUGGCGAGCGCCGACGCAGUGACGCUGUGCCGCGCGCACCCGCGCCGAACCGCCCCGCAUACUACUUCGCGCAAUUCUGUAUAUGCUUGGAAGGUUCCAGAAAGCGAGAAACCUAUGGAGAUGGAGCAACUGGCACGAGCGGAAGUUCAGACGAUGCGUUCGCGGACGCGCUCUCUAUGCCAGAACAGGAAGAUAAUGGGUUUCCUCCGGCGCCGCGCGUCGUCCGAUAGCCCCCGCCGCGAGCCGUUCAUAGUGGCGAGCGCGGCGGCGGGCCGGCCCUUCUCCCCGCGCCGCACCUCCGUGAGCAACAACGGCUAUUACAAGAUAUGCUUUGUCAAUGGCUAUGUCUGA